UUCAGAGCAAACAGUCUUCCAGAGAACAUCAACAUCAACAGCAGCAAAUAUGCAAAGCAGCAGCAUUCUCAUCCUGGCCUUUGUUGCCAUCAGUGCCUGUGUGGAGGCGAUGCCACAGCACUUCCAGACAUUACCCUAUUAUCAUUCCCCAACGAACCAGCCCCGUAUAAUGCGUGCCAGGCGUCAGGCGUUAAGCGGCUCUCUGGCAUCGAAUCCUGCAGGUGGUUCAGACGCUAAAUUGGCUCUCAGUCAAGGAAUUGGAACUCCCGAUCACAAUGUCAUUGGACAAGUCUUUGCCGCGGGCAACACACAGAAGGGACCAGUUACCACUGGCGGAUCCGUGGCCUACAACAAUCAUGGACAUGGUUUCGAUCUGACCAAGACGCACACUCCUGGCGUCCAGGACAGCUUCCAGCAGUCGGCCCAUGCCAAUCUCUUCAACAACGGAGUACACAACGUGGACGCCAAGGUCUUCGCCUCGCAGAACAAACUGGCCAAUGGCUUUGAGUUCCAGCGCAACGGUGCUGGACUGGAUUACUCGCACAUCAAUGGUCACGGUGCCAGUCUGACGCACUCCAACAUUCCCGGCAUUGGCAAGCAGUUGGGUCUGGAUGCACGCGCCAAUCUCUGGUCCUCCCAGGAUCGUAACACUCGCCUCGAUUUGACCGGCAACGCAAACAAGUGGACCAGUGGACCACUCAAUGGACAGACGAACUUUGGCGGUGGUUUGGGACUCACUCACUACUUCGGUUAAAAAUGUCAACUAAAAUUUGACCAUUGUUAAUUACGAAUCUUAUAAUUAUUUAUUAUUAUUAUUACGGAAUAAAAUUCGAAAAAAACUCAAA